AUGUCCCCAAUCAAGUCGCCUUUUCUCAAGGAGCCUCAGACGGUUGCGAUAAUCGGAUGUCCAUUCAGUGCUGGACAGCAAAGACUGGGUGUUGACAAGGGCCCCAUUCACUUGGUUGAGGCCGGGCUUACGGACCAGCUAGCUGAGCUAGGCUGGCGAGUUACUUUUGAUGGCCACCAUCAGUUCGAAGAGCUCAGCGUGACAGAUGAUCCACCCAUCGGAAAAUUGCGCAACCCCAGGUUCGUUUCACGCGUCAAUGAAUCUGUGGCCAAAGUUGUCGGUGGGCACGCCGCGCGGGGUGAGUUACCACUUACCCUUGGUGGUGACCAUUCGCUCGCUAUGGGUACGAUUUCCGGAACGUUGGGUACCUAUCCGAACGCAUGCGUUAUCUGGAUUGACGCUCAUACCGACAUCAACACUCCCGAAACCACAGAUUCGGGUAACAUCCACGGUAUGCCCGUGUCUUUCCUCCUCGGCUUGGGUGCCAAGGUCCCCGAGUUCGGCUGGAUCAAACCUCUGUUGAAGGCCGAGCGCUUGGUAUACAUCGGUCUGCGCGACAUCGAUGCCGGAGAGAAACGCAUCUUGAAAGAGAACAAGAUCAAGGCGUUCAGUAUGCAUGAGGUGGAUAAGUAUGGGAUUGGGAAAGUUGUUGAGAUGGCGCUGGACCACGUUAAUCCAAACAGGGAUCUACCGAUCCAUCUCAGCUUCGAUAUAGACGCUUUGGAUCCUUCGGUCGCCCCCUCCACCGGAACUCCGGUUCGUGGAGGACUUACCUUCAGAGAAGGACAUUACAUCUGCGAGGCUGUCUAUGAAACGGGAUUACUUGUGGCCUUUGAUUUGGUGGAGGUAAACCCGCAUCUCGAGGACGAAUCUAGCGUGAACAAGACUGUGACAGUCGGUUGCUCCCUAGUCCGCGCAGCCCUUGGCGAGACGUUAUUGUGA